UGCCUCUUCAUCCAUUUAUAUGAUAUUCAAAAUUAACCCCAUCAACUUUUCUACUCUUCCAUGGAGGCCCCUUUGUCUCCUCCUCCCCAGUCACCGGAAAUCAGAACGGUAACGGUAGACGAGUGCGCCACAGAACGCAAGGAAGACUCAGAUCCAACGGUCGAAAAUCAUCAUCCAUCUCCGAGGGUUAUCACCUACCGAAAGAUGAAGAAGAAGAAAAGAGUGAGUAGAGAUAAAGAUGCAGAAGUUAGAGGCUCCUCUUCAAUUGCAUUGCCUUCAUCCGCUUCUUCUUCUGCACAACAAGGUACGGGCUUUUUAUUGAAACGCCGAAACCCUAGGUGCCGUUUCAGUCUGGCUCGGCGUGGCGAAGGUGGUGAAUUGGAGGACAUUGCGCUUUCUCUGGGAAUGUCCUUCGCUGCAGUUGUUUCACAGGUUCUGGAAAGGCAAGAUGAAUCAAGUGAAAGGAUGUCUGCUGAUUGUCUCUCCACGAUCUGCACUGCAGCUGUUAGAGAAUCUCUAGCCAAUGUUUUCAGUGACAAGUCUGAUCAUUUUGUUAGGAACUUUGAGAAAUCAUUUGGGAGCACAUUGAGGACUCUUAGAUUGAUUAAUGAAUCAUCUGUUCACAAGGAAAACUGUUUCUCAGCCAACCAAAAUGUAGAAGGUUCUAAUUUAAAUGGAGAUUGUACAAGCAAUUCUGAUGUAAAUGAUUUUUGCUCAGAAACAGACUUACCAUCCAUUGCAACUCAUAACCAAUUGAAUACACGUGAAGAGGUAGAAGAGAAUGUACCAACUAAUUCAGUGGAUCAGGGAAUUUCUGUUCAUGGACAAAUAAACCAACUAGCUUGUGUGACUUUAAAUGGAGAUUGUACAAGCAAUUCUGAUGUAAAUGAUAUUCACUCAGAAACAGACUUGCCAUCCAUUGCAACUCAUAACAGAUUGAACACUCACGAAGAGGUAGAAGGGAAUGUACGAACUAAUUCGGUGGAUCAGGGAACUCCUCCGCAUGGACAAGUAAACCAACUAGCUUGUGUCACGUCAAGCAUGGGUUCUUCAAUAAACCAGUCAAUGCUCAGCACAUUUGAGAAGUCCUUUAUGGAGCAAGUUCGGUCCAAUGACCUUAAAGUACUGGAGCUUUGCCUUACCAAGAGAAAGUUGGAGCUAAAAGAGGAACAGCUAGCUCUAAACGUCGAUUCAAAUCAUCUGGAGAGAUCAAAAUUAACAAUGGGUAUAAAAAAGGCAUCCUUUAAAGCUGAAAAAUUCAAAAAUGAACUAGAAGACAUAAGACAUGCUGAACUGCUAAAGAAGUGCAUUGACUGUCUUGUAGCUGGUUUGUUCAUCAUGUCAGUCUCACUUUCAUAUGGUGCUUAUGUUUUUUCAUAUGAGAGGAUCACUGAAGCAACAGCAGUAUGUACUCCUUCACUUGAGGAGUCCAAGGCCUGGUGGAUGCCAAAGCCCGUUGUAUCUUUCAAUUCAGGGCUGCAUUCUCUUAAGUGUCAAGUUCAAGUUGUUAGCCGAAUGUUGUUUGGUGUCCUGAUGAUUCUCACAAUUGCUUACUUGCUUCUUCAGCGCUCAGUAACUAUAAAACACACAAUGCCUAUCACUUUUAUACUCCUGCUAUUAGGAAUUGCUUGUGGUUUGGCUGGAAAGUUCUGUGUAGACACAUUGGGAGGGAGUGGAUAUCAUUGGCUCUUCUAUUGGGAGAUUCUCUGCCUGCUUCAUUUCUUCUCAAAUGUUUGGACUUCAGCAUUUUUCUUCAUCCUCCAUGGACCUGUGAACGUGUCUCAAGGGAUAAAAAGCAGCACAAUUCUUCCGUACUGGAUCCGAAGACUUUUAUUCUAUUCUAGCAUGCUUUUAUUUCUGCCAUUAUUGUGUGGUCUUAUGCCUUUUGCAAGCCCAGGUGAGUGGAAAGAUCACUUCAAGCAGGUGGUCUAUGAAUUGCUGUCGAAUACCGGUGACUGAAUGUGGAAUGCAAAUAAGGUUAUGCAAAUCUGCACCUGGUCUUUGUUGACAUUCCAAGUUAGCCUGUACUCUUGGCCAAGUGCCUGGCCUUUUUGGCCUUCAGCAAGCUGCCUGGUGGAGAGGCAUGUAUCUUGUCUUGUAUCUUAUUGACAAGUUAUUGUGAUUUUGGCAGAACAUGUAAAUUAAAAAAAUUCAUAAUGUUUUACUUGAAGUGAGUAAGGGUUUUGUUUUUCAUUUAUAAAAGAAAUUAGCAAUG